GUGGAAUAUAUGCUUGCUUCAUGCAAAUGAAUUACCUUUGCGACACGUAUUUCAACAUUUUGAUGGAAAAACAAGUGGACCGAAUUCAUUUUCAGGUACAAUCGGAAAACAACUUCAGGGCGUUGAACACUUGCCUGUUGUUAAUUUCAAUAAAAUUGAGUGUGAUUUAGUACAAGUCACAUGCAGAGACAAUUUGAGUAAAGAUCAAAAAUAUCUUUACGACAUUGGGCAAGCUAUUCAUUUAGGUAAUUGUUCAUCUGAUCUGUCUCUGCGAGAUCCAGGAAAACUCUCCCAUGCGCGUUGGCUCACUCUAGAAAACAGAACGUUGAGAUUAUACAUAUCAAGUGAAGACCCUUCUGAAAACUUAGUUCACAUAGUUACAUUUAUAAUGAAAGUGUAUUUACCUAUGUGGUUUCAAAUAAAACUGAACGAUUCAAUUGCAGAUGGUGCGAGACAUGUAUUCACUAUGAUUAAAAAUUCUCGGUACUUACCAGAACAUCUUCUGAGAGUAGUUGAUCCUGUGAUACAACACAAUGCUUAUUUCGCGCAUCCUGAAAAUUUGCUUUUAUCUAUGGUCACAGAUGAAAAUCGGAAUGUACGUAAGAUUGGGGUGCAAAGGAUUUUAAAAGCCAGAGAGACAACUUCUACUGCGAAGAAUUCGGUGCGCUCAUUCAUUUUGCCAAAACUGAACUUUAAUGCCACUAAUUACUAUGAAAUGAUCGACUGGUCUUCUACAAUACUAUCACCUCCUCCAGUACUAAGAAAUGUCUUAAAUGCAGAUCUGUUAUCUUCCAUUGAUAACCAACCAUCUAUCUCUCAAUGGAACUUGUCAAGCUUUCCAUGCCACACUCAAGCGGUAGAGCGAACUGUUAAGCUUGUCACUGAAGCGUCGAACAAGUUUGCCUAAAUUUGAUCACAAAUCCCAGUUUGUAAUUAACGCAUAAAGAGAGUUCACUGUACAAAUCUUCACGAUCGUAAAUUUUUUUAAUGAUAGUA